UUUAAUUUGUCGCACCCUUCUGUUUCUACAUCGAUCACAGUUCGUUAUAUUUUUGCUUACUCUUAGAGGAUCAAUAGUGAUAUAUCAAGCAGAGAUGGGUCUCAAGUUCACAAAGCUUUUUAGUCAGCUUUUUACCAAGAAAGAGAUACGUAUUCUGAUGGUUGGUCUUGAUGCCGCCGGUAAGACUACAAUAUUGUACAAGCUCAAGCUGGGAGAGGUCGUCACAGCUAUUCCCACUGUCGGUUUUAAUGUGGAGACCGUGGAAUACAGGAACAUCAACUUCACUGUUUGGGAUGCCGGAAGUCAGGACAAAGUAUAUAUCUUCACAUUCCAUAUUUUCGUAACACUAUAUUCCGGUAUUAUCAGCUCUGCUCUAUUGAUCCGUCCAUUGUGGAAGCACUGCUACCAAAAUUCACAAGGGUUAAUCUUUGUGGUGGAUAGCAACGACAGAGACCGAGUUGUUGAAGCGCGUGAUGAGUUGCACAAGCUGUUGAGUGAGGAUGAGUUGCAAGACGCUGUAUUGCUCAUAUUCGCUAGCAAACAGGAUCUUCCUAACGAAAUGAGUGCUGCUGAGAUCACUGACAAGCUUGAUCUCCACUCGCUCCAGCGGCGUCAUUGGCACAUCCAGAGCACGAGUGCAACCUAUGAAGAAGGUCUUUACGAGGGUUUGGAGUGGCUUUCCAACAAUGUUGCUAACAAGAAGAGGAACCUUAUAAAGAUCGUAUCAAUUCUUAUCAACCACCAUCAACCCUACCGUAACCAGCACCACCACCAGGAUGGGUUUUGCUCGAUCAACAACAACCCGAAGUAACUCUCUCUCUCUUUGUCCCCGUCUCACGAGUUGGUGAUGCUCAUAAACUUUAUUUUAUCUUUUUUUUUACUAUACUAGUUAGAUUAUGAUCAUUAAUUUUGCUUAAGUUAUCAAUUUAUUUUAUUUUAUAUUAUUUAAUG